AUGGCCGACUCUCAAGAGCCUGAAGUUGCAAUGGAAGAUGACUAUGAUGAGGAGGCGGACAGCGACUUCCAAGGCGCUGACUCGGACGCCGAUGAAGUCUCUUCUUCCUCAGAAGGCGAAGCGACUACGGGCGACAAUGGAGCCCAGAGACCGCACAAACGCCGGAAAAUCGAAGAUGCCCAAGACAGCGCGGCUGUCGAGCUGGGCUCGGGUGACGAAGCCACAAUAAAAGAAGUUAAACAUUCACGGCGCAGGCGAAAGAAAAAGGCAGAUGGUGCGCCUGCAGAGAGUGACAAUGCGUCGGAUGAAUGGCAUGCGCGCACUCGGGCCAUGAGGAUGAGAGAGAAGGAGGAGCGCAAGCGAACCAAACUGGCAUCGUGUAAAGGCAGCACGAUUGACGUUGACAAGCUUUGGGAGGAAAUGAAUCGAUCUGAUCCGCUGCCUCCACCUCGCGUAGAAGGCGAAGUCCAGGAUCCGGAUCCUAAACCGCCAUCCAACGAAGUGGCGAGCACCCAACUGAUGCCAACUCUGGGAAUAGAAGGCAAUAAAGAGAAUGUGCCUUCAGUGGACGGCGAGGAAACCAUCACAAUCAAGCGGACUUACAAGUUUGCAGGCGAGGUGCAUGUGGAAGAGAAGACUGUUCCCAAGUCUUCCGCAGAGGCACAGUUAUGGCUAUCUCAGCAACAACUGUCUAAGCCCACAAGUUCGGCCGAAAGCGGCAAUGCCGUUAGCAGACCUCUACGAAAGAUUUCCCGCUUCGACCCCAAUCUCGGCAAUCUGGGCGCCUUCAAGGGCUCCUGGGCUGCGCAAACGCACGAGCCGGGCUUCAAAGGCCCCAAGCUCAAUGUUGUCGAGAAGAGUAAGAUGGACUGGGCUGCGCACGUUGAUACCGAAGGUUUGAAGGAGGAGCUUGACACCCACGCGAAAGCCAAGGAAGGCUACCUCAACAGGAUGGAUUUCCUUAGAGGCGUAGAAGAGCGCAGGGAGGCCGAAGCCCGGGCUGCCAGGCUGAAACAGCACUGA